AUGACCCUGAUGGAGCUUUCAUUGUGGCGCGAGCUCUCCUACUUCAAUGGCCGUAUGAAUGGAAAAUUCGAAAUCUUGGGGAAGUUGGCAAAAUUGAAUGGAGAGAAGCGAUUGGAAGCUACUGAAAAACUUUUGAGAGAUCAUGGGACUCUUUUGAAAGUUUUUGAGGAUAAAGUUGUUGAGGAGGACGAAAACUUUUUGGUAGAUCUCGGGGUUGCUAAGAAAGUUGCUGAGGAGGACGAAAACCCUUUGAUAGACCUUGGGUUUGUUAAGAAAGUGGCUGAGGAGGACCUCGAGAAAGACCUUGAGAAGGGCACUCUUUUGAUUGAGCUAUAG